CCAUUCCCAUAUUCCCUUCCCCCACCAGGCAGGCAGCAGCGGCAGCAGCAGCUUCCUGCGUUGCGCCCACAGGGUCGGGGCGAGGAGGAGUCGCACGCGACCCCCCGGAUUAAGACCGCCGCGACGACGGCGACGCGCUCCACGCCGACCGCCGCGGGGCCGCCAGCCCUAAACCCCCGGGGCCCGAUCCAUGGACGCCGGCCCCGCCGGGGCCCAGCAGUUCACCCCACCGGAGGCCGACUGGCCGCCCGAGCUCCGACUCCCGCCGCCCCCAGCGGAGCCGCCGCAGGCGCCGGGGAUGGACGAUUCGCAGUUCCUGGGCUCGAUCAUGGGGGUGCCGCCACCGGACGCGCCGCCGCGGCAGGAGGCGCCCGCGCCGGUCGGGCCCAAGAGGAGGGGGAGGCCGCCGAAGAAGAAGGAAGGCCCUGGCACGGCGUUGGUCGCCGCGGCGCCCAAGCCCGCCAAAAGGAAGGAGGACGAGGAGGAGGUCGUCUGCUUCAUCUGCUUCGACGGGGGCAACCUCGUCGUCUGCGAUCGGAGGGGAUGCCCUAAGGUCUACCAUCCGGCGUGCAUCAAGCGCGACGAGGCCUUCUUCCAGUCCCGGAGCAAGUGGAACUGCGGUUGGCACAUAUGCAGCAGCUGUGAAAAGGCAGUGCACUAUAUGUGCUACACUUGUACAUACUCCCUCUGCAAAGUUUGCAUCAAGCAAGGUAAAUUCUUCAGUGUCAGGGGGACCAAGGGCUUCUGCGACACUUGUUUUGGAACUAUACUUUUGAUAGAAUCCAAAGAUGAAAGCGCCACAAAGGUUGAUUUUGAUGACAUACUCAGUUGGGAGUACCUGUUUAAGCUAUAUUGGCUAGAUCUGAAAGGGAAGCUUUCAUUAACAUUGGAAGAACUUACUAAUGCCAAGAACAGAUGGAGUGUUCCUAUCACUCCUGCUAGGAAAGAAAAGGAUGAGUCAUCUGAUGACCUAUAUGACGUUAAUAAUGACGAUGAUGCUGGUUCUGACUGCUCCUCAAGAAAACGAAAGCGAGGUAAUUCUGCAAGGAAAAAGGUUCGAAAACGUCGCAAGGUAGAUUCAGAUUGUAGCAUUGCUGCAAAAAAGGUUGAGCUUCCAGUUAAAGAUGCUGGGAGCCUACCCACUGAAGUACUAAAUGAACGGGCGCCCUUGCCUAUAGACACAAAAGUACCAAAUGAACAGGUGCCCUUGCCAGUAGACACAAAAGUACAAAACGAACGGGUGCCCUUGCCAGUAGACAUGGAAGUACAAAAUGGACGGGUGCCCUUGCCAGUAGACACAAAAUGGGCGUCACCAGAGCUGCUGGAGUUUGUAGGACACAUGAGAGGUGGCGAUCAAUCUUUCAUUUCUCAAUUUGAUGUUCAGACCCUUCUGCUGGAAUAUAUUAAGAAGAAUAACCUUCGUGAUCCUAAGAGGAAAAGCCAAAUUGUUUGUGACACAAGACUUCACCGCUUGUUCAGGAAAUCACGUGUUGCUCACUUUGAGAUGUUAAAGCUUUUGGAAAUGCAUUUUCUUAUGAAUGACACUCCAAAAGUAAGUGAUAAUAGCCAAGUGACCAUCAAUCCAAAUUUGGCUCAAGUAGAUAACAAUGGAUACAGUGACAUGGCAGUAAAAUUGUCUCCUGAUAAGAGGAGAAGGAUGCAUAGAAAGAUGGACAGAGAACCACAAGUUAAUCUUGAGGCUUAUGCAGCUAUUGAUAUGCAUAAUAUAAAUUUGAUUUACAUGAGGCGCAGCCUGAUGGAGGAUUUAAUUGAUGAUGCCACAUUCUCAGCCAAAAUUUAUGGUGCUUUUGUGAGGAUAAAAAUUUCUGGUGUUGGCCAGAAACAAGAUAUAUAUCGCCUAGUAAAAGUUGUUGGAACGCACAAGGUUCCAGAAAAGUACAGCAUUGGGAAGAAGAUGACAAAUUUUGCCCUUGAGAUAUUAAAUUUAGACAAAAAGGAGAUUAUCACAAUGGAUACAAUAUCUAACCAGGAUUUUACAGAGGAGGAGUGCAAACGCUUAAGGCAGAGCAUGAAGUGUGGUCUAAUUAGCAGACUAAAAGUGGGGUAUAUUCAAGAGAAAGCCAAAAUCUUGCAAUCUGUAAGAGUGAAUGAUUGGUUUGAAAAUGAAAAGGAAAGGCUGGGGCAUCUUCGUGACCGUGCAAGUGAAACAGGGCGCAGAAAAGAACUUAGAGAAUGUGUAGAAAAGCUGCAGCUUCUCAACAAUUCUGAGGAAAGAACUCGGAGGAUAAACGAAGUUCUGGAAGUGCAUGUUGACUCCCAUAUGGACCCUAAUUAUGAAUCCGCCGAAGAAAGGGAUGACAAAAAAGCUGUUGGAAGGUCAAUAAAUCAGACAAGACCAGACACGUCCAUAUCACGAAGAAAAUCAAAAUAUAUAAACACUUUGCAAAACCAUCCACAAAAAGUUUCUGAUUCUAGCCGCCAUCCAAAAAACUUGUCCUGGGAAGGUACAAUACAUGGAUCUGUAGCUGGAAGAAAGUUUGAGAACAACACCAUAACAAACAGAGCUAUGUAUGAAGCUGGAUCACUUUCAUCGUCUGGAGUAGCAAUGUCAGGUGACACGGAGCCAGAGAAAGUCUGGCACUACAAGGAUCCUGCUGGGAAUGUUCAAGGCCCAUUCACUCUUUUGCAACUAUCAAAGUGGACAAGUUACUUCCCACGUGAUCUGAGAGUUUGGCUUACAUUUGAGAGUGAAGAGAGAUCAUUGCUGUUGACUGAAGUGCUUUCAAAACAGCAGAAAGAUUUCACUCAGGCUGCAUCGCUUACAAGUAGCAAGGCAACAUUGGCUGGCACUAGACAUACAAUGAACAGCCCAAGUGUGGAUCAGACGAAUGCUCUAUCCCCUGUUGGUUAUAGUAUGGCUGGUUCUUCUGGAAUAACCGUUCAGUCUAAUAAGUAUUAUGCUCCAGAAAGAGAGAGUGUGUACUCUCCGGAUGAUAGCUUGUCACUGUCAACUAGUUCGGUUCCACCCAAGGAUGUUCAUACUGCGAAUAGCCAAGCACAGUGCCAGGCAAAGCAUUCAGUUUUUAUUCCAUCUCCUGGGAAUUCAUAUGGGCAAACAGACUUGCACCAUGGUGGAAUACAGGGAGGAUACUCUGGUGAAUCGUACCACCGUCACAGCAGCGGAGCCCUAUGGAGUCCAACCACGCCCCACAUGAGUUGUUGUGGACGUGGUAAUGUGGAAUCUCAUCAGAAUCAACAUGUUUCGUGGUCACAAUGUCAACAUGAUUCCAAAGGUAGUUCACAAUGUGGAUCUGUUAAAGAUCUGAGUUCAAGGCUGGAUCUAUCGAAAAAUCUACCUACUCAACGAGUUGGGAAAGAUGUUUCCAGUCCUGUGUUUGCUUGGAGUCCGUCCGAGUCCAGGACCGCUUCAAGUCAACAUGAAGGCUCUUGCUUAAGUUCAACAACCAAUCCAAAUUUUCUCGAUGAACUUCAUUCUUCUAUUGCUUCUGCAAAGCCAACGAGCUGUGCUCCAGCAACUCCUAUUGAAGAUAGAGGUUCUAGUUCGCCAUCCGGCAUGCUGAGUCACUCAGAAAGAGUUCCAGUCUGCAGUACAGAUUCAGCCCCUUUGGCAUCUGCUUCCGAUAUUUGCAAGAUGGAGGAGAUCAUGAAUCAGCAAAGAACACUUGAAGCGGAUACAUCAAAUGCUUCAGUUAACCAGUCUCCUCAAUCGAAGAUUUUCCAUGUAUCCUCUCCUGAUAACCAAGAUAUUGACCGUGAGGUUCCUAGUCCAACUCCAAGAUCUGAGAAUAAGGAGCUUGCAGUUGCCAAGUCAGGAUUAACACCAGCAUCACCUGAAAAUGUCACCACUACUAAUUCACCUGAUUCGGAUACACGCAAGGAGGAGAAGAUUGUGUGUCAACAAAAAGUACCUGAGGCGGUUGCCUCAAAUUCUUCGGGUAACCAUUCUCAAUCUAAGGUUUCCCCUGAAUCGUCUAAUAGCAAAGAUCUGGAAUGUGAAUGUCCCAGUUCAUCCCCAAGGUCUGAGAAUAAGGUUCCUGAUGCGGACAACUCACUUUUAACAUCAGCGGCUCCUGAAAAUCUACCGGAAACUACUGCGCCUGCUUCUGGUACAUGCAAAAUGGAGGAGUUUGUGAAUCAGAAAAAAACACUUGACGCGGAUGCUUCACUUCAUCAGCCUCCUCAUUCUCACAUUUCCCCUGCAUCUCCUCAUGACAAUCAUGAUAUUGGGCGUGAAUGUCCUCCAAGAUCUGACAGUAAGGAACCUCUUCUGGACAACUUAGUGAUAACAUCAACGGCCACUGAAAAUGUAAUGACAACUUCUGCAUCUGCUUCUGAUACAUGCAAAAUGGAGGAGUGUGCGAAUCAGCAAAAAAUACGUGAAACUGAUGCAUCAAAUGGUCCACUUCAUCAGUCUCCUCAUUCUCACAUUUCCCCUGCAUCUCCUCCUGAUAAUCAAGAUAUUGGGCGUGAAUGUCCUCCAAGAUCUGACAGUAAGGAACCUCUUCUGGAUAACUUAAUGGUAACAUCAACGGCUACUGAACAUGUAAUGAUAACUUCUGCAUCUGCUUCUGAUACAUGCAAAAUGGAGGAGUUUGUGAAUCAGCAAAAAGCACUUGAAACGGAUGCAUCAAAUGGUCCACUUAAUCAGCCUCCUCAUUCUCACAGUUUCCCUGUGUCUUCUCCUGAUAAUCAAGAUAUUGAGUGCAAAUCUCCUCGUCCAACUCCAAUAUCUGACAGUAAGGACCCUAUUGUGAACAAUUCAGUGUUAACAUCAGUAGGGCCAGAAAAUCUACCAACAACUUCUGUGCCUGCUUCCGGUACAUGCAAGGUGGAGGAGAUUUCAAAUAAGGAAAGAACACAUGAGUCGGAUGCAUCAAAUGUUUCACUUAAUCAGCCUCCUCACACUGACACUUUAUGUCCUGAUAACCAAGAUAUGGAGUGUGAAUAUCCUAAACCAACUCCAAGAUCUGAGAGUGAGCAGCCUCUCAUGAAUAACUCAGGGUUAACAUCAAUAGUGCCUGAAAAUUUAACUUCAACCUCUGCAUCUGCUUCCGAUAUAUGCAAGAUGGAGGAGAUCUUGAACGAGAAAAGAUCACUUGAAGCAAAUCCAUCAAAUGGUUCGGUUACUCAGUCUCCUCAAUCCAAGGUUUUCUUUGUAUCUUCUCCUGUUGUCCUAGAUAUUGAACGUGAAUUUCCUAGUACAAGUCCUAGACCUGAGACUAAGGAACCUGUUGUGGUCAGCUCUGUGUUAACAUCAGCAACGCCUGAAAAUUUGACUAAGCAACAUAUGGACUUACCAGAUGCUUUUGUAUCACCCAAGUCUGGUCCACCAACUGGGGGUCCUAGACCUGAGAUUAAGGAGACUGUUGUGGUCAGCUCUGUGUUAACAUCAGCAGCACCUGAAAAUUUAAUUAAGCAACAUGUGGACUCACCAGAUGCUUUUGUGUCACCCAAGUCUGAUCCACCAACUGGGGAAUUAGAUGCCAUGAAAUCAGAUUUUAAAUGUGAACAAAAUAUUCAGAAAGAACUAUACUGUGAAAGUGAAUCUACUGUUCUUACAAGAGGGAACAUGUUAAUUGAUCCUUCCUGUGGUGCUGAGUCAAUUGAUGUGUCAGAUGUCUUGGAAUCUUUAAUGGAAGAACAAAGGUGUGGGACUUCGUACAUGCAAGGAACAACUGAUUUGGAGGACUUCCUAGCCACCUCUGCGGAGGAAGAACCACAAUGCUCUAGCCCUAUCGCAUUAUCUCCUUGGGGUGAACCUAGUUACUACCAAGGUGAUGCUAUUGAUUCUGCACUAUGGGGUGUCCAAGAUGAUCCAAUCAACGAUAUGUGGUCAUUGCUUUCUCCAAGACCUAUGCUCCAACCUUCAUCUGGUAUUGGAACUGAGGGGAAGGAAACUUAUGAUAUCAACGAGGUAGGUCUGGCCCAUGGUAAUAAUGAAAUUGUUCAAAGAGGAUCAGUGCCAGGGGAUGACAGUGUGAACCAGGUGAACUUGGGUGCUCCAACACAUUGGGUCCUGCCUGAGCAGGUUCCGUCAAUACCAUAUGAUAUGUCAAUAUCAUCAGCCAAUCAGAACUUAAAUGAGGGUACUACAUGGAGCACUAGCCAGAAUCUCAACAUGUCUAGUAAAGAAAAGGCAGAGCCUUCAAGUAAAAGGACUUGGGAAGCAACAAAGAAGCAGGAAUCCACCAAUUCCAGUGUUUCUGGUUCAGGAGAAGCCAUUGGAAACACCAGAAAGGGCUUGAACCCACCUUCUGGUAUUGCAAAUCGGGGCAGCCAGCGGAGUCAUCAGCGUGGCAGGUACUCUCAAAUCAGUGAGUCUUGGCUUCUUAGUUCAAAUCACUCUAGGAGUAGGUCUGAUAGAUUUGGCAGCAGUGGGUCAUCAAGAUCAACUUCGAAAGGGCAACCUAGGGGUUAAUGUAAAUUUGAUGAGAGCGGGAGGAAGGGUGCAUCUUGUAGCUACCUGCAUCCUUGAUCUCUGCAGCAGAAAUAGGUUUUAAAAUUCUUUGUCACAUCUUUCCCCUUUGUAUAGGCUAAUUACAAUGUAGUCAACAGAGCGUAAAUGACCAUAUCUGCUCCACUCAACUGUAGCAAGGAGUAUAUGUGUAGCAUAGAGGUAUGACGGAAUGUGCUGCCCAACAAGUAGAUUCAGCUUUUGGGCAUGGUCUGUAUCAUCUUGACACUCUGUUCGAUGGAACAGCCAUUGUAUCACCACAAUCUCUUCAUGCACUGGUACGCCUGAUGUGUUGGAAAGAGUGAUGUCUGAUUGAUUGGUUUAGCUUCUGAUA